ACAGGAAAUGCCAGGCGCGGCCGUGGCUCUGCCGGCAGCCGGCUUUAAUGCUCCGCUGACGAGAGCCGGGCCUGGUGCCUGAGGAGAGUCGACGCCGGAUAGACGCGGGAGCCUGCCGUGAGAGCUGAGAGGUGAGCGGCGGACGAUGGAGCCGGGAGAGGCCUCGCCCCGUCAGCGCUGAGUAAGUUCCCCAGCUAUGACAUUAUUAUAGAUGAGCUAUACGUCCUUGUUGGAGUCAGCGGACAAUAAUGAGUGGUGCAGCUUUGGGCAUUGAGAUAGUAGUUGUCUUCUUUCUGGCAUUAAUCAUACUACAUCGGUAUGGAGACUUCAAAAAGCAGCACAAGCUUGUGAUUGUAGCUACUCUACUUGCUUGGCACCUCUGUUUUCUCAUAGUAUUUAUAUUGCCUUUGGAUGUCACAACGACUAUAUACAAUCGAUGCAAGGUUAAUCUGAAAUCUAGUCCACCUGAAAGUACCACCAAUAAUGUUUCAUACACUACUCCUGCUCCAAGAAAACAUGAAUGUUUCAAACCAUGGAGUUAUAUUCCUGAUGGAAUUAUGCCAAUCUUUUGGCGGGUGGUAUACUGGACAUCACAGUUCUUAACAUGGAUUCUGUUACCCUUUAUGCAGUCAUAUGCUAGGUCCGGAGGUUUUUCCAUUACUGGAAAGAUUAAAACAGCACUAAUUGAAAAUGCAAUCUACUAUGGGACCUACCUUCUGAUAUUUGGAGCAUUCUUAAUAUAUGUGGCUAUAAAUCCAAAGUUCAACCUGCAAUGGAGUCAACUUCAGACAAUUGGAAUAGCUGCUGCCAACACCUGGGGCCUUUUCCUUUUGGUGCUGCUGUUAGGGUAUGGCCUGGUUGAAAUUCCACGCUCUCACUGGAAUGGAGCAAAGAAAGGUUACCUUCUUAUGAAGACUUAUUUCAAGGCUGCUAAACUGAUGACUGAAAAGGCAGAUGCAGAAGAAAACUUGGAGGAUAUAAUGGAGGAGGUUCGCAAAGUUAAUGAAAGCUUCAAAUACAACCACCCUUUGAGAAAAUGUGUGGACACAAUAUUAAAGAAGUGUCCUAUUGAGUAUCAGGAAAGAAUGGGUAGGAACAUGGAUGACUAUGAAGACUUUGAAGAAAGGCCCAAUACCUAUCCAACAGAGAAAAACCUGGCUAAACUUCAUAAGCAGGUAAUUUAUUCUGUUCAAAGGCAUCGUCGUACACAGGUCCAGUGGCGAAUUCUUUUAGAGCAAGCCUUUUACCUGGAGGAUGUGGCAAAAAAUGAAACCAGUGCAACUCAUCAGUUUGUUCAUACUUUUCCAUCUCAAGAACCUGAAAACAAGAUUGCUCGGUAUCUCUAUACACCAACUGUUGAGUGGUACUGGGAGUGUCUGCUGAGGCCAUGGUUUCACAGAAUCCUUGCAAUUAUUUUGGCCACAUUUUCUAUCAUUGUCGUAUGGUCGGAAUGCACGUUCUUCAGCACAAGGCCAGUUCUGUCUCUGUUUGCAGUCUUCAUAAAACUGGCAGAGAAGAAUUACAACUAUUUCUACAUAGAGAUGGCUUGUUUCUUGACCAUCUUUUUCCUCAGUAUCUGUGUUUACUCUACUGUCUUCAGGAUCCGUGUGUUCAACUAUUACUAUUUAGCUUCUCACCAUCAGACGGAUGCAUAUAGUUUGCUUUUCAGUGGCAUGCUGUUUUGCCGUUUGACUCCUCCACUGUGUCUGAAUUUCUUGGGCUUGACUCAUAUGGAUUCAACAAUUGCAAAGAGUUUAGAACAGCCAACUGCAUAUACAUCUAUUAUGGGAUCCAUGAAAGUGUUGUCCUUCAUUGCAGACGGAUUUUAUAUCUAUUAUCCCAUGCUGGUUGUCAUUCUUUGUGUUGCUACUUACUUUAGUUUAGGAACUCGAUGUUUGAAUCUUUUGGGAUUCCAGCAGUUCAUGGGAGACAAUGAGAUGACUUCGGACUUAAUAGAUGAAGGAAAAGAGUUAAUCAGAAGAGAAAAAAGAAAACGGCAAAGACAGGAAGAUGGUGAAAACAGGAGAAGGGAAUGGAAAGAACGAUAUGGGAACAACCGUGAAGAUUCUUCUAGAAACAGAAAUGUUCAAACAGACCAAAAAGAGUCUAGCUUCACAGAGACUAAUACAACUAGAUCAGUAGCUUCUAAGUACACCAGAUCAAAUGGGAGGAAUGAAAGGGACAGAGUCGAGCUUCUUCAAGAUGCAGAACCUCUGGACUUUAAUGCUGACUCGGUUGGUGAAGAUCCUCUUGACUCUGAUUCAGGAAGGUACCAGCCUGGUGGAAGAUACCUGUCGAUGUCACGAAGCAGAAUAUUUGACGAUGUCUAAACCAACAGGACUGUGUCUUGCAUCCAUCGCUGUGGUGAAUGUUCUUUCAGUAAUGCAUUCUGCAACCAACAUGACCUCACUUUACAAACAGAAAACAGAAUGUGGGAAUAAGAAACUUUCCCCCUUUAAAAAUUCACUUUGUAUAAUUAAUUGCCCUGUAUGUGCUGGGCUAGAGCAUUGGCUUCUAAAACUGGAACCACCUCAGCUGUGCCUUGCCCAUCUUCUCUGCCCGCUCCUUGAAUGCCCCUUCCCCCCCAUAAUAUGGGAAUUGUGAGCCAUAGGCAGAGAGCAGUAUGGCAACAGAGAGAGUGACCCAGAAGGAAGGGAAAUGAAGGGAUUUGGAGGGUGGGAAUGGGAUGCUAGGCAGUGAGCCAUUGGGGGGUCAGUCUUAUUCUGGGUAUGAUCUGUUCUGAACUGGAAGACCUUGUGUUGAUUUUGCUUAGAAUCCUCUGCAGGAUUCACUUGUGUGUAAGCAGCCACUGAUACAUAAAGGUGUUCUGUUGGGUCUUUUACAAUUGAAUCAGGGAAAUAAUUCUUAGUCUGUCAAUUGUCACUGUAGAUUCAGUUUUAAAUAAACAAAUGUAGGGCUCAGCGGGAGUUACCAUUCUUACAUGUUGAAGGUUAUUUGGGUUUUCUUUCUGUCCCCUUUCCUUUGUCCCAUUUUUCUUUCUUUUUUUAGAAGGCUGUUGCCCUUUAAAAAAAACACACAAUGCAGCUGGGUCAUUGUAAGUGCAACUUAGUCAUAGUUUGAUGCAAUUGCAUGGCCUACCUUCAAUUCAAACCAUGGGCGUGAUUAAAGAAGCCACUCUGGUCAGGUCAUAGACUAUCAUUGACUGGCCUUCACCUCAAGUUUGGGAAAAGCUGGAGAGAUUUAAGGGCAAAUCUCUGCAAAAUUUACUUCAUCAUCUGGAAUGCCUGCACAUCAACCAUCUGAAUCGAGAAUGAUUUCUGUCAGCCUUAUAUGCAUUUGAAUGGCAUUAGCAUGCAUGAUAGGAAAGACCCAAUAGAAUCUUAAAUGUUCACUAGCACUGACUUAAAUCCAUAGAUACUAGCACAUGCUUAAUGAGGAGGAAAAAAUAUACCACAGAGAUUUUAUGUAUAAUAGCUGCAGCUGAAAAUCUAUUUCAGCUAAACCACACUUAGUGGCUCGUCUGUGCUAAGUGUUGAUUUCUGCUGGAGGAAAGUUCAUCACUUCAGAAAUAAUGCACUGUUCAAAUAGUUCUUGAAGUGUAUGAAACUGGACCUUUCCUUUUGAAGAAGUGAGCUUCUCUGCAGAGUAAGAUUCCUUAAUUGUAAACAGCACUGGUGGCAACCCAGUUCUAUUGCCUUUCACAAGGAAUCCACAAUUUCAUGGCACAUGUGCUUUUCGCACUCAGCGCAGAUUUUCACUGCAAAAGAAUAAACGCUUCCUCUUUCCAAACAGAAAUGUCUGUCAGGAAACGCCAGCGAAUGUGCUACAUAAUGGGCUUCAUCAGUGCUGGGUGGAAAUAUGUGACUGUAAAUGGGGCUGGAGGAAAUAAAAAAGCAAAUGUCAUUUUGAGGGAUGCUUGCCAAUCAUCGUAGGACACCUGGGAGUAAGUCUCCUUGAACCCAAGAGGGUUUACUUUUUGAGUAGACGCAUAUAGGACUGCACUUGUUUGCUUUCUUAAAAUGAAGGCUAAUGGUUGGCCGUGACCAUAUAUUGUAAAGCUACGAGGACAGAUAUCCACUCUUUCUUACCAGCAUGUUUCAUAUAUGAGGAGGAGCUUUUUAACUUAUUACAAGAUCCUUGGGUAUUUUAGGAAAGCAAAGGAUUUGAGUGCUUUGUGUAUUGAAAAGCAUGGCUGUGAUCCUGCAGACAGGCUGUUCAAAUUCCAUUGAUUUUGAUAGGAUUUAAGGAGCCUAACACUGUGCAGGAUUGCAGUCCUUAAACUAGAUGUUACUAGGCAUGGGUAGACUCUGCUGCUUUCUCCUUCUUCAUACCUAAACAAAAAAGGUGUGAUGCCAUAUUGUGCAUUGCUCCACCCCUGCCUCCCAUCAUUGGCUAUUGGCCAUGAGGACAAGGUAUGACACGUCUAUGUCAUGUCGUGCAUAGAUGUUACAAGGAAUGGAGUGGGGGAACAGUAGUGGUUUAUCCAUGUCUCAUAUAACAUUUUAGUUAAGCAUUUUAGGAUUUGGGGGGGUUGGGCGGUGCGCGAAAUCAGUGUUAAUGUGAUUCACAGUAGCUUCAGUGAAGUGUCAUUUAAGUAAUGCAUAUGUUGAAAGUGAAUGACUCUUGAAAGCAUGUUGUCUCUUCAAUUAACUGUGAUUUCACUUUCAUAAAUGUUGGAAUUCAAUCCAAUAAAUGGUCUGAUGCUGAAUCCCAGUGCGUGCACAUCUUUGAAAACCAGUGGGCACCUCAUAUAUCCUAAGUACGUAUAAUCCAUUAAACAUGGCACAGAACAUAUUUUUAAGUUUUUUUAAAAUAUAUAUAUAUAUAUAUAAAGCCCUUAAUGUUUUAUUUCUCCAAAACACUAAUAGAAAAUGGAUUGUGACAUUAAAAGGGAUUUUUACAUGUUGAAAAUGCUGGGACUUUUAAUGUUGUUCUUAACUAGUGCUAAUCAGCAAACUGUAAUGUGGAUAUGUGAAAUAUUGCAUCAGAGAUGUCAUGUUUUUAAUAGUUCACUUCUUUUGAACAAGGGUAUGAAGCCUUUAACCCCCUAGGUGUUGCUGGACAAGCCCCAUCACCCCUGACCAAUAGCUUUGCUACCUGGGGCUGAUGCAGAUUGGGGGCCCAUCAACAUCUGGAGAGCCACAGGUUCCCCAACUCAACUUUCAACUGAUGAAAACAUUGUUAUAAGAAAACACAUGCAUUGAGACUUCUGAAAGCUCCCUAGCACUUAAUUCGGAUGAUGAUGGGUGAAAUGCCAAAUUGUAGUUUACUUCUCAUGUUUUGGAAGGUAAGCAGAGGUUUACUGGUGAUCUUCAAGGUGGGCAAGUCCUACUGAAACUGGUUGAUAUGGGAUGAUUUUCAGUACAAGUGAGGUGAACUGACAUUAUCGCGAAACACACUGUGUCUCACUGGUGCUGCCUGGGGAUGGGCAGUGAUACUAACUAAGGCAGCCCUGUGUCUGAGGUCACUUUUAGAGUGAGGCCAGGGUUGCUUGGUUGAUGUCCCUGAGACCUAAACUGCAUGAUGCUAAUAUUUCAAAAGAUUCUAGUGUCUUCCUCUUUAUACACCGCUGUGGAACUUCAAACCAAAACAUAAGUUUUGAAAACAUUCUUGCUUUUGCUUAGAGCUCUCUAUCUACACUGGUGGUAGCAGAACAGACCACCAAACAGAAUAAUGCACAGGAAUGUAGUUUUUCAAGUCACAGUUUCUAAAAAUUCUAGUGGUACUUGGAUGUGACUGUGUUGAGAUUCUAUGGUGGUGUACAUAUUUUUUUGAACUUGUGAUAAUUUUCUGGAACCUUACACUUAAUGCGUUUAUAAGAAUUUUUAGAUUUCUUGUUUCAACUCAGAUAAGCGAGAAUACAGUUUUCUUAGCUUCUGCAAUCAUGCAACACUUGUCUUUGCUACUGUCACUGAUUUAUUUCCCUGUUAAUGCCUCAUUCGUGGUUAAGGUACUUGUUGCUCUCCUACUGCUAAGUAAACAGCAUUAGGAUUUGGAGUCAUCAACAGUGAGAUGUAUAUUUGCUGCCAGUGUAUAAUUAUUUAUAUCUAACAAGGGAUAUAUGAAUCACUAUCUUAAUAAAUUAAAAUGUAAUGCUGUAUAUUGGUUGAAAUUAAAAUUAACUUUAUUACAUCA